GGCUGUGAGCCCCGCCGCCUAGACCUAUGGCAGUUGCAGGAUUUCUUGUUGCGCGAACGAUUUGAAAUAGUAGGAGAGGACGGGGGGAGUUGUUAUGGUGAGGAGCGAUCUCUCUUGUAGGACGGAUCUCCGGGAAGAAUGGAUAUCCAGAGCUGUGUGCAAAUGUUUGAAACCCACAUACAGGGAUACAGCGGUGAUGACCCUCUGGAUCUGUGGGACAGGUAUGUUCUUUGGGCUGAAGAAACUCUACCACCGCAAGAAAAGCGCAAUGUUCUGUGUUUGUUGGAGCGUUUAGUUCGGAACUUUAUAGGAGACCGGAAAUACUGCAAUGAUGAGCGAUACCUGAAGUACUGCAUCCGAUUUUCUGAAACCAUUGAUGAACCCAUGCCGUUCUUUGAGUAUCUUUACAGCCAAGGUAUAGGUACUCGUUCUGCUGCUCUUCAUGUCAUCUGGGCUCAGCAGCUGGAAGUAAAGGGGGACCUGCACAAUGCAAGUGCCAUUUAUCAUAAAGCCUUUGAAAACCAGGCACAGCCAAAAGACUUUGUGGAUCAUCACUACAGAGCGUUUCAGACCAGAAUCGCUCAGAAGACAUCAACUGAUCGAGAAUCCCAUGUGCAGCCGCUGAGAAAUUCCCAGAUUAUUAAUCAGCUAACACCCACAUCACUUACAGCGACUUCAUCAAAAUCUCAGAACUCUGCGGGAAUUGAGAAUCCAGUUGUGAAACAGUCUGAAGUGCCUCCCAGUAAGGAUGAAGCUGGCGUUAACAAGUGGGUGACAAUCUCCAAGUCGGCUGUGGUGCCUACAGCAGUUUCAUCUUCUGCAGAUCUCAAGCAGGUUCCCAUGUACUGUAAGGACAAACUAAUCUGUGGAGAUUCUGAGUUGUCCCUUGAGGAAUUCAGAGCAACCAUUUACCAAAAGAAAUCUGAACAGCGCAGAAAGAUGCAUCAAUGGGAGGAAGAUGAAAAAAAAUACAUUAAGGUCAAAGAGGAGGCUGUUCUCAGAGAAAAUAUGUUGAAACAGAAGAUGGAGCAACUGAGUAGCCUGCUAAAUGUCCAGAGGGCCACAAACAACCCUACCCCUGAGCCCAGUGCAGCAAUGCCGAUGGUGACAAACUACAGCAUGUUGACACCUGUAGGGACGUCUAUGGUCCAGAAUGAAAAUCAGCCGCACAUGGCAGGAUCAUUUACUCGCUUUCCCUUUACUAUGACUCCUGUGGCACAUCCAUCAGUUUCACCAGAAAUGUCCACAUCACAGUACAACCCCUCUACAUCUGGUCAUCUGUUAUCUCGGCCUGAAGUCCCAAUGCUAGAUGUCCAAACUAGCAGAAGAGCUGAGCAGGAGGUGAAUCAUUCUCAGCACACAGCCCCUGUAACAUCUGAUGGCAAACAAUCAUCUGUUUUGGAAGGAUCGGCAACAUUACUUUCUGACACCCAAAAAACAAUGAUUCAAAACAACAGUGCCACUGUGGAGAAGGUACAACCUGCGAUUAGGGAAGUAGCCAACUCGUCGGGUUGUUUAGCAAAUACUUCUCAUGUCACCCCCAACACAUCGCUAGGAUAUGUGCAAGCAACUCCGUCUAGAGUCCUUCCCUCGCCCACAGUGAACACAAAGGAAGCCCUGGGUUUUUUAAUGGAUUUCUUCCAGACAUCUACUUUACCGGAUGAUGUGGAAGAUGAAAACCUCUUUGAAACAACCGUUUCCAAAAAAACUGAUCUUGAGACCCUUUGCCGAAAUGACAAUAAUUCAGAUGCGGAUGGCCUUCUAGGACUACAUAAUCUUCCUCCAGCAUUGCCAUCUGUUUUCUGCAUCUUUGAAGAUGAUCAAGCUAAACCGAAUGAGCCUUCUAAAGUCAAACCAACAGAGGUGAAGACUUUUGGAGAGCGUCCUGCACUCAGACCUGCUAUUAAAAGUGAAGAGGCGAAGGCUGCUGAAUCUCUGGUAGAUGACUGCACCGUGUGGGCUGUUCGAUGUAACAAAACGCUGGCCCCCUGUCCCAAUACUACAGGAGACUUCGCACUAUCUGCUCGAUUUGCAUCUACACCCUCUAGCAGCAAGCAGCCUGAGCAAAACUGGAAGAUCCUGGAGGAUAAAGAAAAUGCAAUAGAAGCGGGUACGGACAGCAGCAGUAAUGUGGGUUUAGAUUCUUCUGAUGAUAAAAUUGUCCAGCCAUCAAAAAUAAGGAAGCUCAGCCCCAUUCAAGAACACAGCCCAGAACAUUCCAAAAUAGCCCCUUCACCUUCUUCAUGCAGCAUUUUUCCUACAAAGAGUUCAGAGAUUGUUGAGGAUGUCGAAUUAGAGAAUGCUGAACAUCUCCUGGCAGCCUGCAAACUGUCAGAGACCUUACAGGGCACCACAUUGGAUAUUGAAGAUCCCUGGGGUGUAAAAACACAGCCGUUUACACUAGAGGAGGAGAAUCCGCCAGAAGUUCACGCACCAGAACAAGUAGUGGUUGAAAAUGCCUGGGAUGACAACUUGAUUGCCUGCCUUCUGUCAGAAUUGCCCACACCACUGAGUUCCCUAAACAACUACCAUCAAUGGCAAACAAACCUUCCAUCCAUCAAGGCUAAAAUGGAGGCAAAGCUGGGAUCCAAGUCCUUUCACGUUGAUCAUUUGCUUGGAGAAGGGGCUUUUGCACACGUUUAUCAAGCUUCUAUAUUGGGUACACAAACCCAGCACAAUCCUAAAGUUAUCCUAAAGGUACAAAAGCCUGCAAAGCCCUGGGAGUUCUACAUUGGUACACAGAUUUCACAACGGAUUAGUCCAGCGCUAAGACAUCUCUUCAUCAGUUUCCACUCUGCACAUAUAUUCCAGAAUGGAAGUGUAUUGGUUGGAGAUCUCUACAGCUGUGGAUCCCUUUUGAAUGCUAUUAAUCUCUACAAAAAAUUGACGGAAAAGGUGAUGCCUGUGCCAUUGGUCAUGUAUUUUGCCAUCAAUAUCCUGUACAUAGUGGAACAGCUACAUAACAUUGGCAUCAUCCAUGGUGAUAUAAAACCUGAUAACUUUGCUUUUGGUGAAAACUUUAUAGAUCAUGAGUCUUGUACACUGGAUCUGGUAUCACAUGGACUUUCUCUCAUUGAUUUGGGUCAGAGCAUAGAUAUGACCCUCUUCCCAAAAGGAACAGCUUUCCAUGCAAAGUGUGAAACCUCAGGAUUUCAAUGUGUGGAAAUGUUGACUAAUAAGCCCUGGAACUAUCAGACAGACUACUUUGGCAUAGCUGGAACAGUUUACUGCAUGCUGUUUGGCAACUACAUGAAAGUCCGCGAGGAGUGUGGCGCUUGGAAGACGGAAGGAACUUUUAGACGAUUGCCAAAUGGGGAGUUGUGGGUAGAAUUUUUCCAUACCUUGUUGAAUAUCCCUGACUGUCGCAGCCCGUCGCCCCUUCAAGCCCUGCGAGAGAAGCUCACAAAGACUUACCAGAUGGUGUAUACAAACAAAGUAAAAUCCCUGCGCAACAGACUUGUCAUCCUACUUCUGGAAAACAAGCCUACGAGGAAAUAAAUGUUUCAGCUACUGCUAUGUAGUUCUUCAUCCACAAACUGUGUAUUCUCCCCCCAGACUGUAGAAGGAGCACACUGCCAAGCUGCUGCAAUGACUUUACUUCUAUCGCCAUGUUUUGUUUUAAAAAAAAAAAAAAGAAAGAGACCUUUUAAUGUAACUUUUUAAAUUAAUUCAAAAUGGGCACCAGUUCUGCUGAAUGUGAUUAAAUAUGGUUUUAACUAAUAUAUGGUAUUUUUGUGAACGGCACAUGUCUGUCUUGCUGCAUACUGUUACUUUGUACAUGGUGCCUUUUACCUUGCCUUCCCAAAUUCUCCAGAGCUUUGGUUUUUGUGACUUCUAUAAAUGUAUAAUAUAAUGCUAUUACUUUGUAUGGGAGCUGGUGGAUAUUUCAUAUAGCUGAAGUGAAUGCCCAUUGUGGUGAUCGGAGAAGCAAGUCCUAUCGGAACUAUGAAUCAUACAGUGAGAUAAUCCAUUUAUUUCUACUCCCUAUUUUUUAAAGUGUACAUAAAUUCUUAACAUAGACGUC